AUACGAAUCGGGUCGCAACACGCGUGUGUGUUAUAUAUUUUGUAAGAUAUUGUUAUAUAUGUGAGAAAUAGUUGCAUUGACACGCGAUUUAUACGAACGAAGACGCAUUAUUCUGUUAAAACAAAAUCCCCCGAUAGGAUGGAUUUUUUCAUCAUUUUACUACUAUGUUACGGGAUAAGCUCGACAAAUUCUCAUAACGUUUUAUAUGAUCUCAAAGAGUGCUAUAGGAAUAACAAUUUGCAUGAUUUUCGUCUUCCUAUGAACUUGCGCGUUUUGUUGGACAUCAUACGUAAGGCAGAAAAUUACACCUACGGCGCGAUGGAUCUGAGAACAAUGUCGUCUUCCUUGAUGCACAGAUUUAAACUUGACGGCAUUGUACGCUCCGAACACAUAAAAGAAAGCGAGGGGAUAAUACCUUACAAACUGUCCAGAACGCAGAGUAUCAAGUAUAAAUUAAUAAAAAAGAUGGUUCCGGGAAACGCGCAGUUGUUUCCGUUUGACGCGCUUACCGCGAUAGAACGUUGUACUUUGCAUCAAGCUAUCUCGAAUUCAGUGAUGAAAAACAAAUCACACGGCACGAAUGCGGUGUGCAUGGAAAUCGGUCAGAAGUUAAUAGGCAGAGCUCGGUUUGCCGAUCUAUGGAAUUGCCCGCAGGAAUACGGAGUAAUUCUUACACCGUACGGAACUAUUGCUCCAGGCGCUAUUUUAGCGGCAAUAACUGCAUCCCUUGAGUAUCAAAAUGUUACGUUAAGUCUAAUAAAUAACUGGAUGAAAUCUGAAAGUCCCAAUGAUAGUCCCAUUGAUAACUCAACCAACAUCAGCGAGGAAGUGGAUUUUAUUAUACCAAAACAUAAAAUGAUUCGCAACAGAUCAAUGUCGUAUCUCAAUUCGCUAGAAUCAAAAAAAAAAUUAGAUAACGUUUGGCUAGCAACAAUUGCAGGUGAAUUAGCGGAAAUGGUGGUGAAUCAAGGACCUAUAGUGGACACCGACAUGACGAUUGGCGCCACAGGAUUUUGGAACAAUACCAUGCGUCCUAAUGUUUACUAUUUAAAAAGUAAAAACGAUUAUUUCGAUGCUACUCGUGCCGAGAUAGUCGGUGACAUCGACGGUCUCAUCAUUGCAAAAAAAAUACAAGGUUGGAUAGACGAAUUUUACAGUCUUCGUUUGAGUCAAAUCCUCGAUAUGUAUUAUACGGACGAAGGUAUAACUCUGUUCAAUGAAAACAUUAGAGUCUGCGACAGGAAAAAGGCUUUUUCGCAUAACGUGCCGAAAACACUUUUGGAUGAACAGACAUUUGCAGCAUCCGAUGUUCUGGACCGUUUUAACUACCACAUGUUUAGAACUUCGGAGGCGCUUAAACGAGUAGUCGAUCAUGCAGUCACCAAAUUCACCGAUUACACAAAUAAUUACCUUUUGACAGAAUUACUUUGUCGAGGUAAAAGACAUUAUCCGCGGGUGGAAGCGUUUGUUGUAUUUGACGGAGCUUGGACUACGGAAUAUACGAUGGAUUUUAUUGCAGCGUUAAUAGACGAUCUAGAUGUAUCGGUAUAUGGUUCGAAAAUGGGAAUUCUACACGGCACUUCAGGACAAUGGUUGCUUAAUGUAACAAACAGUCCCAGUCUUGCUUACUAUGCUGUGUCAAAUUUCACGAAGAUUUCAUGGCCCAAACGUCUAGAUUUUCUUGCAGUACAAAAUACGAUAUCUAAUUACUUGAAUAAAACCUGGAAAGAAAAGUGGGAACAACAUACAAUAGGAAAUCUCGCGCAGGUACUUAUAAUAUUGACUCCGUUGGCUCAGUUUUCGGAAACGGAACAGGAAACGAUGUUGAGGUCGUUAAAAGAAAUUAAACGUCUUCAUCCUGAUCUAUAUUUUCUAUAUCACACGUCAGAACAGAAUUCUCGUUUCUUUCAACCAUUUGUACUGUCAGACCAAGAUCGCUUAAUAAUUGGUCCCAAUAUCGAUGUCAUUGUGCAGUAUUUAUCAACGUUACCGCGAACUCUGAGGCCGGUAGUUCCAUUUUAUAAAAACGAGUCUUUAGAGUUUCAAGAUGAAAUAGAGGAUUACAUAAGUCCUACAAAAUCAAUUACAUAUAUGAUACAUUCGCAGAACAUAGAUGAACAAAAAAUUACAAUUACAGUCCAUAACUUCGGAUAUGGAACAAUAACAGCUUGUUCAUGGAAUAGAUUUGAUGGUGAGGAACAUACAAAAUGCCAACAGCUUGACGCACAUAGAGAAAUCACUUUACUUAACGACUUCAAGUGUAUCUACGCAUAUUGUCCUCACGUGUAUGUUCGCGUACAAAAUGCGACUUCUUUUAACAAAUGCGCAGAAAUGGAAUGUAGGUCACCGAAUCAAGUGAGAUACAUUAUCAGAAUGCAAAAUACAUAUGACAACAUAGCAAACAGGAAUAUAUGUAUAAAUAUAUUUAUAAUGGUUUAUUUGUAUGUACAAUUAGUUGUACUUAACACGUAAAUAUCUGCUCAAUAAAACUUAAAACUUGUAAAAAAGAUUAAAUGUGUAUGUUUCAAUAUGUAAGUUUAAUAUUUGUGCGAAUGUAUGUGUGUGUGAAUAAAAAUACUCUCCGCACACACACAAAACAA